UUGAUUUUGUAUGGCCUUACCAUGGUGAGAAAUACGCUGGCAAUCAGUUCUUUGUGAUUGUAUUGGUAAACAAGUUGUGUACGUGAUAGCAUUGUUAUUUCAAUAAUAUUUUUCGGACAUUCUCUACAAUUAUGCCAGGACUUGGGAGAGUAGCGUUUGGCGUCGCAGCGGGUGUUGCAACACUGGCUGGUGCCCCUGUCGCUUUAGGCGCCCUCGGGUUUGGAUCUGCCGGUGUCGUUGCUGGGUCUAUCGCGGCUGGCAUUCAGGGACCAGCCGUCGUAUCCGGAAGUUACUUUGCACUUGCGCAGAGCGCCGGAGCAGCGGGCCUAGCUGUCGGGACACAGGCUGCCUUGUUUGUAGGUGGGGCGAUUGCAGGUGUUUUGGGCAGUUUAUAAAUAGGCUAUAAAAAAGCAACCAAGGACACGAUUAUAAGCUUUUUUCUAAGCGACAUUGACUUUCUAUCACUUUAUUUCGGACACAUCCCAGUGGUAUAUAGAACAACUCAAUGUUCAGCCUUGAUGGGUGUUUAAAAAUGCUUCUUAAAUGUAGCUGGUAUUGGUUAUACUUUAAAUGUUGAAAUGAAAUAAAAGUAAAAUAUCAAUUUAUCUCUCAAUGCCAUUAAUAUGUCAACAUCUAAUAAAAUAAACGUAUUUAUCACAUGCUUUAA